GAAUCACAAUACAAAUUGAUGCAUGAGGUGCUCACCGAACCACAAAAUCCGUAGCAUUGGGAGACCUAUAUAAGUCUGAGAGAGCUAUGUUUCCCAGCCGCGCAGUGUUGCGCAUCCGUACCAUUUUACUUGCACUUUUCGCCUUGUUACUAUGCAGUCAGCCUUUCUCGCGCUGGUACAAUCAGGGUAGAGAGUCCGAGGCCACCUCCAUCACCCAUUCAGAUCCAGAGAAACAGACACGUCUCAGCUGGCGUUAUGAUGUCGAGGGCCACAUCAGGUUCUGGCGUCAAUUUCAGCCCCUGCUCACUACCUACGAGCCGAAAUGCCUACCACCUUUGAGAUUGGGGAUGGCACCCUCAAUAAGAUUCGAACAAGCAGACCCCUAUGAGCGGCCCGAGUUUCUCGAUCUUCUUCCCAUGGACGUUGAAGACUUGAAACAGACGCACAGCGGCUUCAUAAACGCGAUCCAGACCAACCCACCGCAACUGGACUAUACCCACAACACACGCGGUCUCGUCUCAACCGCAGGAGGCUCCUAUCUUCCCGUGUUCGUCAUUUCACUUCGCAUGCUCCGACGAACAGGCUCGCAGCUCCCGGUCGAGGUCUUCCUCGCCAGCGAAGAAGAGUACGAGAAGUACAUCUGCGAGGAGGUCCUGCCCACCCUGAAUGCACAAUGUAUUAUCCUCUCCACAAUCCUCAACGCCAUCUCCCACCCCCUCCAGAUCCAGAAAUAUCAAUUCAAGCUCUUCGCCAUGCUAUUUUCGUCCUUCGAAGAGAUCCUGUUCCUCGACGCGGACGCCUACGCCCUCCUCCCCCCGGACGACCUCUUCACCAGCGAGCCCUUCCUCACGCAGCACAUGAUUACCUGGCCCGAUUUCUGGGCCUCGACCAUCUCACCCUAUUACUACGAGAUCACGGAGCAGCCUGCUCCGGAGCCAUUUGCCCGCCAAUCCAGCGAAUCUGGCGAAGUGCUAAUCUCGAAGCACACGCACUUGAAAACUCUCCUCCUCAGCACCUACUACAACAUCCACGGGCCGGACUUCUACUACCCACUGCUCUCGCAAGGCGCCGCCGGCGAAGGCGACAAGGAGACCUUCGUGACAGCAGCCCUGACCCUCAGGGAGCCGCACUACCAAGUCACCGAGCCGAUCUGCGCCAUCGGCCACACCACCGAACACGGUUUCGCCGGGUCGGCGAUGGUCCAGUUCGAUCCUACAGAAGACUACCACUCCCACAAUCAGACAAUAAAGCGGCAGCAACAAAAACAAAAACAGCAGCAGAAACACCAAGCGCACGGUUCCUUCUUGCCUACCACCAGCGGUACGCGUACCAAGGCCUUCUUCAUCCACGCAAACUACCCCAAAUUCGACCCAUCCACCAUCUUCGACGAACAUGAAGUCAAUCCCGCCAUCGGGAAUGACGGCCGCUACACCCGCGCCUGGACAGGUCCGCCGGAUAUCAUCCAGGCGCUUGGGAGGGAUGUCGAGAAGGAGUUCUGGGAGGAGAUCCGAUGGACGGCGUGCGAGCUUGAGGGGAGGUUCCGUGCCUGGAACGGGAAGAAGGGGAUCUGCAAGAGGGUCAAGAAGUACUAUAAAGCGAUGUAUGGGGGACGAUGGUGGGAGUGA